CUCAAACUUUUAUUAUCGAAACGUACAAAAUUAAAGAAUUAUGACCGUUUUGUACAAAGUGAAUAGGUUUGUAACCAUUUAUGAUAACUACCCAAUGUUCAUUUCAUUUGUUUGCCUAGUUGAUCCAGUUGGUGUUUUCUCUCUCUAUCUCCGCAGUUCCCGGUUUCCAUUCUUUCUGUCCCUCUGUUUAGUGUUUACGAAGGGGGCGCGAGGAGAGAGAGAGAGAUGCCGAAAAGCUGAACGCAGCGAGCCAACCGAGAAACAGAAAUACCCGUUGUAAAUACCGAAGCCAUAACGCCAUUAACACAAUAGAAACAAUGGCCGCCUGCUGAAACUCCGUCGACCAACUCCGUCUCCGACCCGAUUACGCUCCGCCUCCUUCCCCCAAAACAUCGAAGAUUCGCGCUCCCCGCACAUUUUGCACCCCUCACCUAUCGGGAUUUCACCGCCACCUCUCUCUGUAAAUCCUCUCUCUCUCUCUCCCUCUGUUCUGUUGUCUUCGGCUCUUGUUGGAUUGCUUUCUUCUGAUCCUUCCCUCUCUGUGAUAGUUUCUUUUCUUCUUUUUUUCUGCGAAUCCAGUGAGAUCAAGGAAAUUGCGUUCCUCGAGAGAUCAUGAGGAAUAGUAUGAAUUUCUGAAUCAUCUGUUUGGUUCCUUCGAAGAAGGAGAGGGAAAGAGUAAACAAGAUAAUCGCCAAUACGCAUUUGACGUUUUCCAUUCAUCGACCUUUUUCCUUGUAGUGAAAGGAAGAUAAACGAGGCACUCUUAGCGCUUGAUCUGUGCUUAGUGGGGUUGAUUGUUUUGCCAGAAAGUUUCAUAAUUUAGUGUGUGUGGCGUUUGAAAGUUGACAAUGUGUUUGCCCCUUUUUUUUUCUAGGGUUUUAUGUGCAUGCUUGUUUCUUCGAUGAUCAUAUGAUAUGAUGUUUUUUGAAGUGUAUGUGGUUUAGAGACCAAAAAAAUCCCAUACUAAGACCAGAAAAUCUUCAUUUGCGUUUCCCAUUGUUGGUCGAAGUCUUGUGGAUCCGUCAUAUUGGUCAAUAGCCGAUAUCAAGUCGCGAUUUUUCGGUUUUUCAUUUAAGCAUUUUUCCUGCUGUAUUUGAUCCUAUUGUAGAACUUCUAGUGAUGUUUGAUUUGUUUCGCUUGUGCAGGUUCUCGGGUUAUUCUGGUAUUUGGGUCUCUUGAUUGCUCAUCAGACCCCGAAAUCCUUAAAAGGCCCCUCAGAUGGUUGAAACACAUUUGCUUGUACUGUGAGGUAAAUUGUGUUCUCUAGAGAGCCGUUUUGCCUCACAAUAUUGUGAUACUGUAACCUUCUGCUUAUUCAUUUCGAGAUGGAUUCAGAUUCUUUUGCACCUUGCCUAGAAUCAAGAUGUAAUUUCGGCAUGGUCCAUGAAACCGUAUCGGAGAUCGUACCGGAAAAGUCAGCGGUAGGGUAUUUUAUGACAAAACCGUAGUUUAACCGUUAGUACCGUUAAAUACCGCAUACGGAUUUAGCCUCCGAUACUGGUAUUUUGUGGUUGAACCGCCGAUACGGUACGGUUUCAUGGACUAUGAAUUUCGGGUGGUUUGUUCUGUUAUUUUUUUUUUGUCACUAGUAAAGACUAUAAUAAUGGUCUUGAUUCUAAUUAAGCAUGUAUUAUGACAAUGUGUUAAAACUGGUAUCUGGUCCUUUGGGUUGCUUCUAGAAAGCAGAGUAUUUGUCUUUGUAAUUUGCUUUCUUGAUGUUAUUUCAAGCUAAAGGUUUACGGAAUAGGAUCAGCUUCUCUUUCAUUGUGCUGUUUUGUGCUAGGAUCAUAGAUUUAUUGAAAACCUUGAUAUUCUGAAGAUCCUACUUAAUCAUAUAUAUAUAAAAGAGAUUUCAGAGCUAGACUUGGGAAGCAUGGAAUGCACAAUAUCCAUGUUACUUUGAAGUACAAGGCGAUCUGCAUUUUUAGAUCCUUCUUAAAAACCUACGCUUUACACUUCUAGGUCAUCAAAACGCUUCUAUGUAGAAUCACGCUUUUCACUUACAUCUGUAGUCAAAAUCUACGUUUUAAAGCUUACGAUUUUACGCUUCUAUGUCACCCAACCGCUUCUACGUAGAAUCACGAUUUUGAUUGCAUUGCUUAGGGAUAAGAUGUAUGAGCUAAUGUUGCUUUUAAACAAAUUAUGCUGCUGUGAGCUGGUUUGAUAAAGUUUCUGAAGCUUUGUUGCAUGCUUGGCUUGGUCAUAGCCCAUAGGCAUUCAGGUCAUAUAUUGAGAUGGAACCACGUACUAAAGAAGCUUCCCCUACUGUGAAAGCGGAGGCAGGCGAAGACACUACUCCUAGCUUCAAAGAUUAUGUCCAUCAAGCCAUUCAAAGGAUCAUUGAUAUUUCUUCUUCCUCAGAGGAGGAUGACUCUGAUGAGCCUCAAGAGGAUGUGGAGGAUGGCCAAGUUCAGGAAAAUCAUGCCAACAAACAGCUAGUGCUCUAUGAUCCUGGUGCAAGCAGUAAUAACAGCGAGCUUGACACGAAUCCUCAACCAAUUCAGAGCAGAGCCCCAAUGAUUACAAGAUAUACCCCUCGAGUUAUGCCUAAAGUUUUGCCAUCCGUAGGUGCUUUCACAGUUCAAUGUGCCAAGUGUUUCAAGUGGAGGCUCAUCCCAAGAAAGGAGAAAUACGAAGAAAUACGCGAACAUAUACUGGAAAGACCGUUUUAUUGUGAAGCAGCUAGAGAAUGGAGGCCUAACGUAUCAUGUGAUGAUCCAGAGGACAUUUCCCAAGAUAGCGGCAGGCUCUGGGCAAUUGACAAACCGAAUAUUGCCCAGCCACCUCCGGGAUGGCAACGGUUACUACACAUCAGGGGCGAAGGCAGUACCAAGUUUGCUGAUGUGUACUACAUGGCACCCUCUGGAAAGAAACUUCGGUCUUUUGUUGAGGUACAAAAGUACUUGGCUGAUCACCCUGAAUUUGCCGAAGGAUUAUCCAUGUCGCAAUUUUCAUUCCAAACUCCAAAACCUUUGCAAGAAAACUAUGUGAGGAAGCGUCCUCGUUUACCCCCUCAAACUGAUAAUCCCAGACUUCUACCACCAACGGAAGUGACUCCUCUCUCAAUGGUUCGUCCAGAGAAUUAUGUAGAUCUGCAGCUUGGUAUUCCGCCGCUCUUGCCUCAGGAACCUGCUUCUGAUUCUGCUGGUCAACCAGCAAAGAAGCCAAGAGCUUUCUGGAAAGACAUGUACUGUGAUGAAAGCUCAGUCUAUAACAACCAAUGUCAGCCGGCGGUAGGAGAUCCGAGUCAAUCUGUAAAUGAUGGUUUGAGUCUUUGAACUCUUUCCUCCCCAGAAAUCCUUGCAUGCCUCGGUUACAAUAUUUUUUUGUUCACAGGCUUUAUCUUUUGUUUACUGGAACGAAAGAAACCUAUAUCCGAGCCCAGGAGGCACGGGGAUCGGCCUGUGAAGCAUAUAUUGUAUUGUUUAGUUAGUGUUUGUGGAAAUAUAGUUUGUAUUCUCUGUCAAAUCUCUAUCAUCUUCUCUCUGAACUUUCUCUUCUCUACAAGCCUGCAACUUUCUACCAUUCCAUGCCCAGUUGCUGUUAAAAGAGACGUCGACUAUUUUGCUCUUGGCAAUAAUGGCUUUCGGCCAAUGUCAAGGAUCGAGUCCCUACAUGCUCAGCGACAAGACCGCGAUCCAUUAUUCGAGCAAUUUCAUUCCUUCGUCCUUCGGGCUCAUAUGUCCGAGUAAUAAUCUGCUUCAUGGCCGGAUAAUCCAAGCGUGCCAGAACCCAACAAUAUGACGCAAAUGAUCAAUGUCCUGAAAUUUUCAAAGCUUGAUGAGUCGAGCCGUUUUAUAGACCUCCUGACUUCAUUGGCAAAAACAGCACACUGUCAAAGGUUAAAAUUGGCUGUCACGCAAGACGAACUUAACAGAAAAUGAACGAUGAAGAAGUUU